AUGGCUGGCAACGCUUCUGGUCCAGGCCAAGGGCCCCCCAUAGGCCCAUCUGAAGCCCUCCACUGCGUCAACCCGCAGUGCACGCGGCGAGAAGGGAUGCUGAGAGCCGAGGUCGACCGGCUCAACGUCAGGAUACAAGAGCUCAGAAUAGAGAGCCAAGGCAAAACGAGGGACAUACGCCAACUGAAAGAAGAGAAGAGUGACCUCGAGCGCGAGAAUAACACGCUCAAAGCCAGACGGUCCGGCCAGGGCAAACACACUGAACGUCAAUACACCCGGAAUUAUCGGCUUAGUUGCAAGGAAGAGAACAUGAGCUCCAGAACCCCGAUGGUCCACCCAGACAUCAAGUUCGUGGGGCCCAGGCGGCUGGCGCAACACAAUCCGGGCUCCGAGACCGAUUCAUCCGAUGUAGAGGGCGAGGAAGCCCCCGAAGUCGUCCUGGAGGAUGACAACACCCAACCGCCGGAAGAAUUCCCCAGCGAUGAAGAACUGGCCGAAAACAGAAGCGGCUUGCCGCAUCGCUUCUACUGGGGCGAGAGAGAAAUGAACCUAUCCGAGGAUGGGGCAAAGCCUGAAGACGUCCUGAGUAUCCUCACUGUCAGUAGGCGCUUCUAUUUCAUCGGAGUCCACUUAUUUUAUGGACUCAACACAUUCGCCUUCUCCAGCCUUGGGGAGCUGGGAAGGUUCUGUCAAGGUUCCGGCCUCGCCCGCAUCGCCAGAAUCCAGCAUGUCGAGGUCUUUUUGACCGGCAACCAAUACUUGACGACACCCUUAGACACGCGAAACAAGAGGCCCUUCUCGCGCCGGUCCUUCCCCAUGACCUGGUUGAUCGACAUGUACCGGCUGAAGACCCUCGUCAUCCACCUCAAUGAGACGGGUAAACAGUAUAUCCGGCGCGGGUACGAGGCCCCGACCAUCAAAAAGUUCCUCGCCGCAAAGACAGCCGGGCAGCCGAACCAGAGAAUGACCCGUUCUCUCCGGUGCCUCCAGGGCCUCGACUACAUCUACCAGCUCCGCGGUCUCGAGUGGAUCCGCUUCUAUGACUUCGCCAAGGUGCUCAAGACCGGACGCAGCGUCCGCAAGCCUGUUCAGGAUUGGUCGUUCGUGGAGACGUGA